GGGAAAGCAAAAAGUUAAAGCGUGCAGCGGAUAUUCGGACGGUGGACGAAAAAUUAGGGCUUGGUGCGCCACGACUCUCUUCCAGCCCCACCCCUCUGUGGCUGAUGAGCCAAAUAGUGGCUGAUGACUGUGGCUGCUGCAAAUCCCUGCGAUUAGUCACGCUAGGCCUAGGCCUCAACCAUGGAGUGAAUCUGAGAAUGAUUCAUAGAAUAGUUACAUUUCCAUAUUCUGAAAUUUUACUUGGUCGUUACUUACAAGAAUUAAAUCCGUCAGCAACCGUUGCAACGUCAAGACCGGGGCUUGUGGUCUACGCCUGUCCUUUCCGCCAGCCACGUCAAGUGCUUCUUGAUCUGCGCUUGUCGACGACUUAGACACAACACACAGCAGUAUCACGAUGCCGCCAACCACCUGUAUUCGUUGCCAGACAAACAGAGCUGUUGUGAAGCGACCUAAAAAUCACCACAAGGUCUGCAAAGAAUGCUUUCUGGCUGCUUUUGAGGAUGAGGUCCACCACACCAUUACAUCCUCAAAGUUGUUUCAAAGAGGAGAAAGAAUUGCCAUUGGUGCAUCUGGAGGCAAAGAUUCCACGGUACUCGCCUCAGUGCUCAAGACGCUUAACGAAAGACAUGAUUAUGGUCUUGACUUGAUUCUCUUGAGUGUGGACGAAGGUAUCAAGGGGUACCGCGACGACUCGCUGGAAACAGUGAAACGGAAUGCAUCGCAAUACGAGAUGGACCUCAAGAUUGUUGGCUACGACGAGCUCUACGGCUGGACCAUGGAUCAAGUCGUUGAAACAGUCGGAAAGAAGGGGAACUGCACAUACUGCGGAGUAUUUCGACGGCAGGCCCUGGAUCGAGGGGCCAAAAUGUUGAAGAUCAAGCAUGUGGUGACGGGACACAACGCCGACGACAUUGCGGAAACUGUUCUUAUGAAUCUUCUGCGUGGCGACUUACCACGCCUAUCCAGAAGCACGAGCAUUGUAACCGGGCAUGCAGCUAGCGAAGUCAAGCGAAGCAAGCCCCUGAAGUAUGCGUACGAGAAGGAGAUUGUUCUCUACGCCCACCACAAAAAGCUGGAUUACUUUAGCACCGAGUGCAUAUACAGUCCGGAGGCUUUUCGGGGCACAGCACGGAGUUUGAUCAAAACUCUUGAGAAAGUCCGACCCAGCGCCAUCUUGGACAUUGUCCGCAGUGGCGAGGACAUGGCUCGGUUAACGCCAGACAAAGAUCAAAGCUCGUGUGCCUGUGACGAGGGCGAGUCCAUGGGGGGUUGCGGUUCAGCCAACGGACGGUCAUCUGGCAAUGAACUUGCGGAGAUGGAAGCAUCUCUGAAAAAGCAGAGCAAUCAUGCAAGCCUGGAAACCGACGUGUCCGCCAAAAGCAAUGCAACUGUACCUGACACUGUAGAAUUGCCUCUUCGCACGCAUCGGAAGGAGGGUCUCGGAACACCAUUGCAGAAGCUGGGCCAGUGUACGAAGUGUGGCUACAUGUCAAGUCAGUCAAUAUGCCAGGCUUGCAUGCUCCUCGAUGGCCUCAACAAAAACAGAGCUGACAUAGCAAUAUAACACGAGGAUGUCGCUGGUUCGAUCUUUCCGGA